CGUCAUCGAACUCAGCAAAAUGCUGCCGAAUAUUCCAUUCAAGCGGACAGUGUGAAAACGAAUGGAAGCGCACUGACGGCCAUUCUCGAGAGUACAAUAAAUAAAUUGCAACUGUCGUUGGUUUCGUUGGAAGACUCACGAUUUCGAUUGGUGAUCGAUGAAGCCGGCACCCCUCUAAGACCUCGCUACCAGCCACUUGAGGCACUUCGAGACGCGAAUAACUUGAAAGUUAGCGAUUUCAAAUCUACACAAAUCGAUGCUUCAUCGGCAACAUUGGAAACAAAGGAGGGCUACAAAAUAUUACUGAAUUAUAAACCAUUUCGACUGGAUGUUAUGGCCAAGAAGGAG